AUGGACUCGUGGAAGCCCAAAAAGCCCAAAAAGAGAUUUGUCAUUACAUCAGAUCAUCACAAACCAUCACAAGCCAUUUAUUUCAUUACAGGUCGAAAGCAUACACUUUUACGCAAAAUCAGCGAGCCACGAGAAAGGAGAUCAACCCCAAAAGAAACAAGGAGAGAAAAUACAGAAAACAGUUCUAAGAAGCGGGUCUGUACAAUCAAAUUUACUACCGGCCCGUUCGUUUGGAGGCAUGAUAUGGACAAACAUGCGCAGAAUAAGAUACGAGCGGUGAAUGAAAUCCAUUACAUGAUUAGGGACCAUAUGCAAGUGCUAUAUGGAAUAUUUAAAGAAACAAAGUUCACAGUCAAUCAUGAAAAAGCUGAUGAGUUCACAACCAGUGGUUUCCAGUUCGAAGUUGGGGAAAUUAUGAUUUGGGAUGAACGCCACUGUGAAGAUAAACUAAAUGUAUGUUACGAGAACUUAACAUUUAGGGAACUUCUGGAUGGAUUUCUCCUAACACAAGACGACUAUAAGUUAGAUUAUUACAACUACGACAAUGAGUAUCCUGACUCCAACUAUACUGACAGCGAUUACAACUCAAGCACAGAGAAUUUCAAUUACGACGGUUACCAAGAUGACAAGAACUAUUUAGAUGAAGAGUUGACAUCCAUGUUGUUCACUGCUCGUUCUAUCACCCAGGGCCUUACGCCGGUGCCCAUUUACGGGCUAGGAUACUCACCAGACGAUGAACACACAGACUGUGGUAUUUGCAGUACGGCAAAUGUUGCUUUUGUCAACCUGUACGUCAGCGAAGAAGUUCCUUAUCAGCCAUACACAAGAACAAAACUGGUGUUUGCUCACGAAGUUGCCCACGCAUUUGGAGCACCGCAUGAUAAUAAUAAAACUGCAUGCGGUGAAUAUUCGAUUCUAAAUGAACCGGAUGAAGGCUACUUUCUGAUGCACGAGGUUGCGGUGACAGGUGACCGUGAAAACAAUUUUAAAUUUUCCAAUUGCAGCUUAGAUAAAAUGGGUACUGUUGUAGCUAGAGAAUCGUCAACGUCAUGUUUCAAAGAACCUAGAACUUCAAUUUGCGGUAACGGCAUUGUGGAAGAAGGGGAACAAUGUGACUGUGGUUCAAUUUGUCAUAUUGACAACUGUUGUAAUCGAAAUGGAACGAAACACGAAUGCUCUCUGAAACAAGAUGCACAAUGCAGCCAAGGGAAGCACGGGAACACCCACAUUCAGGGAAAAGAGUUACCAAUCAUUACUGACUGUCCAGAAGAGGCAUUACAGAUUAGCACAGCUUUAAAGAACUCCCGGUUCCACUUCCGGCCUCCCUAA